AGAGAGAGAGAGAGAGACCCAAGCCUCCUGCCCUGAGACAGCGGGGCCAGCUCUGAAAAGCUCGGCAGCAUGUGGGAACUCCGGUCCAUAGCCUUCUCCAGGGCCGUGUUUGCAGAGUUCCUGGCCACACUCCUCUUCGUCUUCUUUGGCCUGGGCUCGGCCCUCAACUGGCCGCAGGCCCUGCCCUCUGUGCUGCAGAUCGCCAUGGCCUUCGGCUUGGCUAUCGGCACCCUGGUGCAGGCGCUGGGCCACGUGAGCGGGGCCCACAUCAACCCUGCGGUGACGGUGGCCUGCCUGGUGGGCUGCCACGUCUCCUUUCUCCGGGCGGCCUUCUACGUGGCUGCCCAGCUGCUGGGGGCCGUGGCAGGAGCCGCUCUGCUGCACGAGAUCACACCAGAAGGCAUCCGAGGGGACCUGGCCAUCAAUGCGCUCAGCAACAACACGACAGGUGGCCAGGCGGUCACGGUGGAGCUCUUCCUGACCCUGCAGCUGGUGCUCUGCAUCUUCGCCUCCACCGAUGAGCGUCGUGGAGACAACCUGGGCACCCCUGCCCUGUCCAUCGGCUUCUCCGUGGCCCUGGGCCACCUCCUUGGGAUCCACUACACCGGCUGCUCCAUGAAUCCUGCCCGCUCCCUGGCUCCCGCUGUUGUCACCGGCAAAUUUGAUGACCACUGGGUCGCCCCCAGCAGCCGCGUGGUCGUUUCUAAUCACAGGACGCGCACUUCAUACCCGCGUGAGGCCCGGUCCGCACCCGCGGCGGGAGAGGAGCGGGGCCCCGCGCCACCCCGUGCCCUCCGCUCCCGCGCCCUCUGCUCCCGCGCCCUGCGCCCCCGCGCCCAGCGCCCUCCGCUCCCGCCCGCAGGGUCUUCCUGGAUUCGGACCCCCUGGUCGGGCGCCAUCCUUGGGCUCCCCUCCUUCUAA